AAUGCGGCUUAACAAACAAUUAUCAAAGUAUUUCAGAAACAAUUAGGCCACUAUCAGAGGAGAGGAUAGUAACCACAAUGACAGACAUUGACCACAUAAAUUUCAGGAUGGAGAACGAUUCUGAUACCAGAAAUGGGAAAGAACCCCUCGAGUGUCAUGGGUUUAAAACUAUCUUCAAUUGCUUUGUUGACUUUGAAAAUAAACUACACAAAACGAAUUGCAUCAAUUUUUUACCUUUAAAUGGAGGUGAGGAUCAAGUGCCAAAAUUAUAUCUGGAGUUCAAAGACAAAACGGGUAAUUGCUCGUGUUGUGAGAACUUCUUAGAAAAAGUGAUUUGUACUUUGAACGACGUUCCAGAAUCAAAGCUUGUUCAUAUCUUUAAAGUUUACCUGCAAGGGCAUGUUCGGCACACACAUAACAAUGAAAAUGAUAUCACAUGUCGGUUGGUGUCACAUCUCCAAGAUAUUUGUAUUACAAAAAGAUUUUCAGACUUAGCAAGGUAUUGUUUUCAAAUAAAUAUGACGCCUAUGAGACUAAAGAUGUUUUUGACAGAGAGGUUUGAUGUUUUAUCAGACAAAAUUACAGCUGUUAUUAUCUCGGAGAUGGAUAGUGAAAGUGUUCGAUCGAUCUUUUCUGAGAGCGGAUCUCACGAGAAACUAAAGAUUAUCAUGAUGGAACGAAGUGAAUCCAUAACAAAACUUUUAGAGAAGUUGGUAAAACACACAGAUCAGGCGGAUUACAUUCUGUGCAAAAUUCUUGAAAUGGACGAUAAAUGUUGGACGCCAAAUGACCCUGACUACGAUUUCUGUAACUUCACUGCUUUCCAGCAAAUCGCUUACAGAGGUAUAGAGGACGCCGUAUGCAACACAGCUUAUCAGAUUUUGACAAAUAAGAAAUGGGAAAACUGGUGCAAACGUGCUUUUGCUAUAGACGCUGUUGUUUACCUAUUCAGCAUCGUGCUGCUGACUAUUGCUGCUGUUACAGGUGUCAAUGCUCCAAACGUUCUUAUUUACCAAUCGCCAAUUGACUAUCUACGGGCAAUCUGUGAGGCAGUUCUGCUUCUAAAUGCUGCUCGCAUGCUUGUAAUUGAGAUUUAUCAAGCGUUUAAGUUCAAGAAGGAGUAUCUUGUGGAUAAAAUGAAUAUUGUUGAGAUUACAUCACCAGUUAUGUUGUUACUGUUGCUGCCUAUACGUUAUAUACAUGAACAAACUCACUGGUAUAUAUAUGCUGUUGCGUAUUUGGUUUGGCUUCUACAAACAGUCAAGUAUGCCCCAGUCUUCCAGUUUACUGGAGUGUACGUCGAUUCGCUACAGAAAAUGUUUGUAAAAGAUAUCUUGAGGUUUGCGAUUUUCCUUUUCAUGACGAUCGUGGUAUUUUCAGGAACAUUUCUUUUGGUAUUGAAGGCAGAAAAUACUCUACAGUUACACGAAGAAACUAUGUCGUUUUGGAAGAUAGGGAUUGUUGGUAUAAGGAUCUUGAUUGAAUCUGACAGUAUUGUUGAAUACACUGGAGACGAAGGUUAUAAGAUUGCUGGCGCGAUGGUCAUGAUGAUAUUUAUGUUCUUUAUUAUUGUUGUACUGUUAAACAUGCUGAUAGCGCAGCUGAUCAACACAUACCAGGAUAUCGAGAGCUCUUCAUUGAAAGGUUUCCUUGUCAGACGGGCAAAGAUAGUAGCACGUCUUGAAAGAGAACACAUGCCAUGUCACUUUAACGUGUUGAAUAAAAAUGAAGAAAGAAAAAAAUGCUACGAGGAAGAACUUAAGAUAGACGAUGACGAAAAUAAUAUGUCAGACACUGGGAUAAUACAUGAUGAUUCAUUGACAAUACAGCAAAAUAUAGAAGCCCGCGUGAAAAAUGUCUCCAAUACAUGUACGUUGCUGAACGAUAUAAAAGAAGAUCUGAAUACAUUGAGGUCAAAUUGUGAUUGGUUAGGAACAACCUUGUGUGAUCUUUUAGAGAUUCAGCAAAAUGAAUUCGCUAAUCUGCAUAUGAAUGUUGAUGCCAAAAAAUUCGAAGCCUCCAUGGCACGGCGCGAGGACCUGAAAGUACGCGGGUUAACAGCUAAAUUGCAACUAGUAGAAACGCAAUUAAAAACGGAAAAACGUAAUUUAGAGAUUGAAAGACAAAAAUAUAAAAAUCUUAAAAAUAAAAGAUGCUUUAUUUGCAAAUUAAAAGAUUAAAUCGCUUGGUAAUCACAGACAAUAAAGUUUAUUUCGUUUUUUUAAUCUAGUGAUUCUGCUUGCCUCCAUCUAUCUUUUGUUAACGUUCGAAAUAUAUAUCUAUUUCAUAAUCUACUAGAAAGAAAAUAUUAAUUUUAUUAACAAUAUAUACACUAUACAGUACCUUUCUCGGACAUAAUACUUCAAAAUUGCUGCAAAUUGUUGUUUAAAUUAAUGCAACUUAUCAUGUUUAUGUUAAACAAUAAAACCGUUCAAAUGUUUUCAAUUAAUAACCUGAAAAUAUAUUUUUAUAGGUAUCUUAUCAUCUUAUUGAUUAAAAUAUAUUUAUUCGUCAUAUUCAAGAACAAAUUUUACAUUUACAAUCAAUACACAGACAGGAAGUAACCUAAUGCUUAUUGAAGUUUAAUUCCCAUUUAUGUGGUUUGGACAUUUUCGAGAUACAUUUAGCUGGAGUGAAAUAACAAUCCCUCUUUAUAAAUUCUUUUUGUAAUAUUUUGACGAAAAUUGUACUAUAGAUGUUAACCAUAACAAACGUUUAUAUAUCAGGGGCUUCUAUUUGAAAUACCCUGUGUGCGCAUAUUUAUAUAUGCUAAGCAGGGUCAGGUCGGAAACCCUGCAGUAGUUUACCUUUUGUAGACAUUUUUAUUUUAUCGGAUUUUUUUAACCAUAUGAGUUUUUUGCUGCAUGUUUGUUAUGUUUGUCGUAUAGAUAAAAUUAAUUUUAGAUGUAUUUCACUACUACUGUACAUGUAUGCUACUUAGCAACACACAGCAUCUUUUAUCUGUUUUACCCUUUUCACCUUCUUGUUUUUAAGGGCUUAACAUCCCUUAUAGGCACCUUCUUGAGUGAUCUGAAACUAAUUGAUAAUACACUUAGUAAAUGCCAAUUAUGUCAAACCUUCUCUUUCUGGUCAAGUUGACUUUUGAAUGACAAAAUGCUUUCACUGCUGUUUGGAGACUGUCAACCGGACACUUUUUGAACAUAUUUCCAUAUUGAUUUCAUAAUUUUAAAGCUAGAUAUCUGAAAGUUUGACAAAGUACAGCUAUGAUUAUCAUAACUAAAAAACUAGUUUGUUUAGUUCUCAUUAUGUUGACACUUAAAUCUGAGACCCGUCAAGGAGGGUAUCAAAAUUACCUAAAUUGUCCAUUCUACAGUGUCAUGUGUCCAGACAGAUACUUUGUAAGUUUCGGGGUGAAACACUAAGACACAAAACCAAAAAUAUGGAAAACCUUGUUAACAACAUUUUCAGUCCAAAUAUCCCGAAUUUGUCAGAAAAAUUGUUUUGGUGAUUUCUAGCUCAACCAAGAACAUGGGUCGUCUGAGAUGAGGUGAAAAACUAGGUCACACAGAAAACAACGAGGUCACACAGCCCAAACAUGCAAAUUCCUUGUUAACAGUUGAUAGCACACAGAACCCAGAUACAGAAAAUCUGGUUAACAAAACAGGACUCUUUGCAAGCCAAAAUAUCCUUGAAAUAUGUCAGAGAUUGUUUUUUUUAUUUCUAGCUCAACUAACAACAUGUGCCAUAUUGGGUGAAAAACUAGGUCACAGAGCCCAAACUUUGAAAAACCGUGUUAACACUCGAGGUAAUAUUUUCAGUCCAAAUAUCCUGGAAAAUUAGCUGAAAGAUUGUUUUAGUAAUUUCUAGCUUGGUCAUUAGUAGUUCUAAUUUUGAUAAUCUAGAAAAACUUUAUUAAAAGCAAUUAUCAUACUCAGGUGAGCUGUAUAGUGCAUUCAUGGCCCUCUUGUUUUCAGGAAUAUCAAUAUUCAACAGAUGAAUUGUUAUUGUAUAAUUAUGAAAUAUGUGAAUAGAAUAUAUUUUAUUUAUUUCAGAUUGAUUUAUGAUGUUUAUCAUUACUUUUUUUUUUGAAAAAUUAUUUGUAGAUUUUUGAAAACUUAUCUUGUAUUGAUAGCUUGUCUUCUACUGAUUUAGCUAUUCAUUUGUAUAUUUUCAUAGUUAUUGCUUACCUUGACUAUUUCAAAAAUUAUAAGCUAGGCUACCCUUAUCAGCCUUCAGGUCAGUUGUAAUAUCAUUCUGUCUUAAUGACCAUAAAAAAGCUCACUGAUCAAGAACCAUGAUUUGUUGCUUAAUUAUGUCCCUUUGAGUAUUUACAGAAUACAUACUUGUUAAAUUAUUUUUCACAACAACUAGGUAUAUUCUUCACAUGAUUUUUGGAUUAUUCUAUAUUAAAUUUUUGGUCUCUGUCCAUGACACAUAACUUGAGCAGGAUUUUAGCCUUUGUGAUCGAGCUUUUUAUGCCCUGUUAAGGUUCAGACAAUCUUUAUUUUAUAGUCAAACACAUUGUUGUAGGUCUUACAGAUAUAAGUGUGUUUAUUUCUUGUAAUUUACUUAUAUUUAUACCCCCGCACAACAAAGUUGUAAGGGGGGAAGGAAUCAGCUUGUCUGGCUCUCCGGCAGUCAGGCGUCCGUCCGUCUUUUCUUGUCCGCCCAAUAACUUAAGAUUCCUUUGACCCACAGUCUUCAUCUUUGGCAUGGAGGUUAGUCAUGAUAAGUAGAUGACCCCUAUUGAUUUUGAGGUCACCAGGUCAAAUGUCAAGGUCACAGGGUCCUUGACUUCAAAAAGCUUGUCCGCCCAAUAACUUAAGAUUCCUUUGACCCACGGUCCCACAGUCUUCAUAUUUGGCAUGCAGGUUAGUCAUGAUUAGUAGAUGACCUCUAUUGAUUUUGAGGUCAAAGGUCAAGGUCACAGGUGCCUUGACUGAAAAAAUAUUGUCUGCCCAAUAACUUUAGAACCCUUUGACCAACAGUCUUCAUAUUUGGCAUGCAGGCAUUUGAGGUCCGCUCAUCAAGCUUGUCUGCUCAUAUGCUUGAGAAUGCCUGUCCACAGUGUAUUGAGUUUUACAUUUUCACAUUUGAAGCAUAUAACUAUGUUCUCAUAUAUUCAUCAUAAAACACCUCCAGGCAAACUGCAUGACUGGGGGGGGGGGGGGUUAUUGAAGUCAUUCAGUGGCAGUUUCAAUUUUGAGGUCAGUAGGUCAAAGGUAAAGGUCACUUUGAUCUUUGCCACUAAAAACAUGUAGAAUACAUGACUUAGCAAUGCACUGGCUUACUUCCCUCAGAUUUGGCUGGGAGGUUGUCCUUUAGCUUUAAAUGACUACUGUUGAUUCUGACAAAGUGGUAUGCGGGGGUAUUCACGCCAUGACAGUGGCAGUUCUAUUUUUUUGUUGUUGUUGAUUUUUGUAUACCAUGCUUACAUAAAAUGGUGAUUUAAAAAGUUCAUUGUUUGUUGUGCCCUCAUUUAAAAAGUGAGAGCGUACUGUGAUAAGGUUAGUCUGUCUGUCUGUCUGUACGUACCUACAUUCUAUACUCCUUGUCCGAUGGAAAAAGCCGUGAUUUAUGUUA